AUGACUUUUCCUAAUGAUUCACAUAUUUCUAAUGAAAUUACUUGCAAUUCUGAGGAAAAUAUGUUAAAUGUACCUAAUCAUGAUCGAAAACCUGAUGUGGUUUGGAUAGAUGCUGAUUUUUCUAACGAUCCUACGCUCUGCAAUGACAGUCCUAAUGAAUUUCAUAAGAAUAUUUCAGAAGAAUCAAAUCCUGAUGUCAUAUCAUAUAUUACCUAUCCUCAUAAUGCAUUUGAUCCUUGUGAAAAACCUGCUCAAUGCGAAGCACGAGUACUAAGUGACCUCGAGUUUGAUUACAUUUCGGAUGAUUUCAUAUCAACUGCUGUUUACCCUUAUCACAAAAACAGUUCUAAUGUUUACUCUAAACAAUCGUAUUGCGGAGUGAUUCUACUCAGUCUAAGUGCCAUGAAUCCCUCUCCUGCUUUUUCUGCAGCCAACGGCACUGGGUCUAACUUGCAGGCUGGAAAUACUGCCUCAGCUACUUGGAUCAACAAACUGAAAAUCGUGGGGAGAGGACAAAACUGGGCAGUUGCACCAUGCGAACCGUUUUACCUAAUGGGUACGGAACCUCCAGCCCCAGAUGCCGCUCUCACAGGUGCUAAGAACUUAAUCGAACAUUAUGGUUUGGAGAACGCUUAUCAAAAAUUUUGUGGUAAACGCCUUAGAGAAGAGUUAAAUGCUUUCUUACCUCAUUUAUCUGGAAAUAUUGACGUCCCAGCCUCAGUUGAUGAAAGUGGGUUGAUGAGUUUAAUUGAAAGACCUCCGAUUCGAGGCAAGGAGUUAAGGCCCUUUGCACCCAGUCAGUUGGACCAUGCCUUUCGGUUACAUCCUGGACCUUUACCUCAAGAGUAUGCCUCCCUUUUUGCAGCAGCUCCAUCCAAGCAUAUUCAUCGUAGUGUACAAGAUCAGCAGCAACUUUUAGGAAGUAAUGGUACAGGUACUCGUGUGCCGGCCACAGCUGUGCCUGGUCUCUCUAGUUCAGGAUCUUUUCAUCGUAGGCGCCGUCGACACGAAGUUCAUCGAGGAGCACUUGCUUCUGGAAGUGAUAGCAGUUCGUCUAUAGGGGUGCCAGGCGUUGGAGGCGGAAAUGUUAGUGCCAGUCCAGCAUCAUUUUUCACUGGACCACCGACAGCCUAUCCUCAGUUAGGAACGGUACAUACAACGACAUCGUUAUCCUCAAAACCUAUGCUUUCACAGUCUCAUACACUUUCUUCAUCCUUAAGUAUAACAACUUCUGCACCGUCUACUAAUGUAACCAUGCCAAAUCAAUCAUCUACUGCUUCAGAUAACAAUCCUGUUACUCAAAUGGUAAACCAUAGUAAGUUAGUAGAUCAUCCACCUGGUCUUAUUCCUGUGUCAGCUCCUCAUUCUCAUCUAUUAGGAUCUUCUAUUCCAACAUCGUCAACAUCUUCAGAGCCUCCACCCCCUCCAUUAUUAGCUCCCAUACAUCAUCAUUCAAAUCAAAAAUUGCCACAUUCAAUUCAAAAUACAUCAUCCACUUUAAAUCCUUUAUACAAUAGUAAUACAAGUGAUGCUAGUUUAACACCAAGUAAAUCUGUUCCACCUGCUCCACCGGUACUUCAUUCUAUUCAUCCACCAAAUAUAAAUCCUAUCAAUUUAUCUGUUCCUUCACAACCCCCUUCUUCUCAUCAGUUUUAUCACCAUCAUCAUCGUCAUCAGCAACAACAACAACAGUUGUCAUCACAUCUACACCAUCAUCAACAUCCACUAUCAUCAAUGCAUCAUCCUCAUCCUAUUACAUCGUCUCACUCUUAUCCAUCUUCAUUAAGUCAAAAUUCUUCUCGGUCAAUGUCACCAAUACCAAUGGAGACUAAUUCAUCAUCACCACAAUCACCAGACAUCUAUAAAAUACGUCGUUUAGAUAUGACUGAUGAAGAACGUCGUAAAAAGAAACGACGUGAAAAGAAACGUAGAAAAGACAAGGAAUAA